GGGUGACUGGGAGGCAUAGCAUGGCCAAGGAUGUCUGCUGAGGGGGAACCUGCUGAGGCAGUGGCAGAGACCCCUGCAAACAGCCCAGGUGAAGAGGCAGCAGCAGCAGCAGCUACAACUGAUGUGGAUGUGAGAGAAGAGCAACGACCAGAGAAACAGUCACUAAGUGCCUCUAUGUGCCGGGAGUCCCACUGGAAAUGCCUUCUUCUCUCCAUCCUCAUGUUUGUUUGUCUUGGUGCAGUGACCUGGUGUCAGGUAACAAGUGUGACCAAGCUCAGCUUUGAUAGCUCCCUUAAGGGCAGAUCCAUGAUCUACCAUGGAAGUCCUUGCUCAGAUGGCUAUGUCUACAUCCCACUGGCAUUCCUCGCCAUGCUUUAUGUGGUCUAUUUAGUAGAGUGCUGGCACUGCCAUGCCAAGAGUGAGCUCCAGAAUAAGGCAGAUAUUAGCAGUGUUCACGAUCAGAUCCAACGCAUGCGUCAAGCUACACCAUGCAUAUGGUGGAAAGCCAUCAGCUACCACUUUGUCAGACGCACAAGACAAGUUACUCGCUACCGUCAUGGUGAUGCCUAUACCACCACUCAGGUCUACCAUGAGCGUGUUAAUACUCAUGUUGCCGAGGCAGAGUUUGAAUACUCUCAUUGUGGCAUAAAAGAUAUCUCAAAGGACUUAUUAGACUUGGAACGCCAUCCUGCCACCAAACUAAAAUUCACAAAGUGCUUCAGUUUUGCCAAUGUGGAGUCAGAAAAUUCAUAUCUUACCCAGCGUGCCCGAUUCUUUACAGAAAUAGAAGGGCUGGAUGAUUACAUGGAGGCAAGGGAAGGAAUGCAGCUAAAAAAUGUGGAUUUCAAAGAAUUAGUGGUUGCUUAUGUGGAUCUAGAAAAGCAGCCAUGGUAUGUGUCUCAUUAUGCUUUCUGGGUAGCUGCACUGUUCAUGCUGUCUUGGCCACUGAGGGUUUUUAUUGAAUAUCGGACAGCUCAUGUUCACUACCAUAUUGAGAAACUGUUGGGAUUGGAAUACACAGCAUCUUCUACUGGAGAUGAGCCCAUAUACCGAUUCAGAAUGCCUAGAGUGAGUACUUUGGACAGCACAGAACUAGAAUGGCAUAUAUGUACCAACCAACAACUGAUCCCAAGUUAUUCAGAAGCAGUUUUGAUGGACCUUACAGACGCAUCAUUAUGUAAUGGCUACUCCUCUUGUGGUUACCGAGGUGUUCUUCGAGCCUGUGAAGGCUGCAACAGAGCAUCCAGCAGUUCUUCAAUCUUCUCCCGCCAUGCUAUACACAGCUGUAGUGGAGGUCCAUCUCACCUUUCCCUAAGCACCAGCCGUUUUUCUCUCUGCCAGCUGCAUGGUUCCCACAGGACAGGGCUUUGGAGGAGCCGCAGCAGCAGCCUGGCAGACCGUGGGUGCCAAGAUGAACGUUGCUGCUCUUACUCUAGUCAGCUCGCCCUCAAUGAAAACCCACCAACAUACCAUGAUGCCCGUUUUUUCCCUGUACUAAUAGUACAUAGACAGGAAGGGUGCCAAACCAGGAACUUCUGCCUUCAUCGCUCCUCUUGCAUGGAGACAUCUUUAUGAUAGGCUUUUGUAAGGUCAAGUGGUACAGUCAUUCUUAGCAACACUAACUUGAACUGUAGUAGUGCAAUAGAACAAUUUCUUACAAUCUGCUUAUUACACAUAUAGCUUAAUUAAUGACCAUUAUACAUGAAGUUACAUACCUUAGUAUUCUGAGAUGUGGCAGUGUUACAGCAAUAUACACCUCUGUGCUAUAACAUACUGUGGUCUCUGGACCAGGAAUAAAGUAGCUUUGACAAUAAAAGAUCCACAAAUCUGCUACUCCUACUAUACAAAUCUGCCCUCAAAACGGCAGAUCCUGCUGCUGUUGAUUAUUUUAUACAAAACUUGGUUAACCUUGAACAAAAAUAGUUUUCAUUUGUGCUGAUGCUGAUUUGUACAUAUGCAAAUCCCAUUUAUCAGAACCAUAUGUACAUGGACCCAUACACACCAGAGAUACAGCAAACACAAUUAAAAUGUACACAGACAAGCAGAUAUUAGAACAUAAUCAAACUGUAUUUAAUGGGACUUUCAAUACCACCAAGGUUCAUUUAACCUAGUCUGUCAUAUCUGCUUUCAUAUAGAAUGCCAUCUUUCCAGGCUUUUUUGUGUGGAGCAGGAGAAUUGAUCCUUGUUUGUCAUAUGUGAAUGUGUGAAUGGUUCAGCAAGACAGACACCCUUUGUAGGAGAAACAUUAAAUAAUAUGUGCUUUUAUCUGGUACAUGACUCAAGCACAUGAUAGCAUCCAAACUUAGCUCAAUAUGCAUAGACCUAUAUUCACUCUUUCAAAAACACUCUAAAAAUUGUUGAGGGUGGAUGCAAAACUCCCCCCACCAGAUUUCCAUUUCUGCCCUGGUGGGAAUUCCUUCUAAACUCCAGUUGGAUUGCUCUGGGGAUUUUUUUACUGAUUGUUUCAUUCCAAUUUGGUUUUGAAACAAGCUUGAGAGUGCCAAAUUGACUUUUUUCAGUUUGGGUAUGUUCAUGAGCACCCUGGGUAUCAAGAUAAACUGACCUCUUAGAAGGUAAAUAUGAAGAUGAUUGUGGAUGUUCCUAUAGUCAAAGGACCCAAGGAGCACAUUAGUCAGCCGCAAUAGAUUGCUGCUGGUGCUUGUGACUAACUGCUCUGAAAUGCCUUAGAAACUGGUAACCACCGGUAUCAAUAGGAAUCACUGGUGGAAAGGCUGAUGCGUCGAUUCGGCUUUCCAAAGUCGUGCAAAGUUGCCUGCAGGAGGAAACUUCUUGUGACUUCAAAAAGCCAAAGCGAUAUGUCAGCCUUUCCACCAGCAACUCCUAUUGCUGUUGGUAGAAAGGCGUUUUGGAGUGGUUAGUCGCCCAUGGUAGCUAUCGGGGCAACUAAUUCGCUUUGUGGGUCCUUAACCUAAGGAAUGUUUGAACUUGAUGGACGUAUGUCUUUUUUCAACCCAACUUACUAUGUUACUAUGUAGCCCCAGUCAUAAUUGCAUGAAGAUGACCUUUCAGGCAAUUUCAUGCGAUUGCAAAGGUAAUCAGUUUUACCAGUGGGGAUUCCCAUUAAAGGGGUAGUUUACCUUUAAAAGUAACAUUUAGUAUGAUGUAGACAUUGAUAUUUGCAAAUGGUCUUCAUAUUUUAAUUUUUACGCUUUUUCAGUUAUUUUGUUUUUUGGUCAGCAGCUCUUCAGUUUGGUAUUUAAGCAGUUAUCUAGUUGCUAGGGUGCAGUUUACCCUAGCAUCAAAGCAAUGAUUUAAACAAGAGUUGGGAAUACAAAUCGAAAAGGUUCUUAAAAGAAAGAUAAGUAAUAAAUAGCGACAUUAACAAUAAAAUCGUAGCCUCACAGAGCAAUCGUCUUUUGGCUGCUGGGGUCAGUGAGCCCAAUUUGAAAGCUGAAAAAGAGGCAGAAGAGUAAGGUAAAUAUUUCAAAAACUAUACCAAAUAAAUCAUAAAAACCAAUUGCAAAGUUGCUAGGAAUGGGACAUUAUAGUACAUACUAAAAGUUUACUUAAAGGUGAACUACCCCUUUAAGCCAGGUGCAAGCACUGAGAUACAGUCUUUCUUCUGAGCAGUCAUUCCAACAGUACCUGCCUGGAGAAAGUGAAUACAUUUGUAUGAGAGUGCAUUUGGAAUGACGACUUGCAAGGAAAACUGUGUAUACAGUAAGCACACAUACUGGCACUGAGAAAUGACAUUUAGUAUCUGUUGAAAUGAGAAUACGGAAAUUCUCGACGUGGUACUACAUGCGAUUCUGCUGGCACAACUGGACUAAACUUGCAGCAUGUAAUUGGCACAUCCCGUCUGCCUGCAACAGAAGUUAAUGGAGGAGAUUAUGAAAAGGCCCAAAUGGGAUUACUUUGGUCAUGGCUAUAAUGUACAAGGACAAUCUCACACCUCAGUUCAUAACAUGACAAUCCAGUAGGUAAAAUCCCAUAAACACCGGUGCUAGUCAAUAACUUUGUUACAACAACACAACCUCUCUUUGUUACAACGCCACAGCGAUAUCUAUUUGUGAUCAUCUCUAUCAGCUUUCCAUUGAGUCUGUAUCUUAUUUUGGAUUUCCUUACUUAAUAAUUUAAAGGAUCUUAGUGUAUAUAGUGACAAAUAGUGCUCUUAUUUUAAUAUAUCUUGGUCUAGCACUGGAAGUGCUAUGAAUUAUACCCAGAAUUUACCGAGAUAGAGUAUAACUACAUCUCCUAAGCAUUUUGAGGGCAAAUUAUUUUCUCUGGCUUUCCUUAAGGGCAGUGACACAAGUGGAGAUUAGUUACCCAUGAUAACUCUUUGUUACAGCGGACGACUAAUCUCCUUGAUAUGCCAUCUCGCUGGCAAAAAUGGAAAUCGCAGGUGGGAUGGCAUAUGUGUGGCUUUGGUUUCCCAAAGUCGCUCGAAGUUGCCUCUCAAGGAAAUUUUGGGCGACUUUGGGGAAUGCCAUCACACCAGCGAUUUACAUUCUUGCCAGUGGGAUGGCAUUGCUGGGAGAUUAGUCGCCCACUGUAACGAAGAUUUAUCUUGGGUGACUAUUCUCCAUGUGUGUCAUUGCCCUAAAGUGUAAAUGUGUAAAGUCUAUUUUACUGGGGGGUGCAAAAAUGUUUGGCUCCCCCCAGUAAAUAGAUCGUAGUUUGUCCUAGGAUUGGGGCUCCUGUUUGGGGAAAACUGCACCAGCCCAUGCAAAAGCUACUUAAGUGCUGCUCCAGCAUCUACUGGUGAUCAUUAUCUCUUUGGCGCUUGGCGUUCUGUACACACACAGUGGUGUAGAUCACACAUUUUUACUCGACUGCACAAGUGCAAACAGGAAUAGUCGCAAUGGACACCUGGGAUGGCAAGUAAAAUGCUGGCACAGAUCUGAUACAGUUUUUUUUCACAGACCGAUGCAGUUUUCUCCAAACAGGAGCACUGACCUGGGGAAAAAACAUAGAGAUCUAUUUUACUGGGGAGUGGCUAUGGAUUGGUUCUAGCCUAGAAAAUUAGUAGAUACAAAAAAGAAAAAUCAGUUACAACAGCCCACACAGCCCAGUGAAAGGGCCCAAAAGGGGAACUUCAUCUUCCAAACCAAAAUUUGUUAAAAAGCCCCACAAAACACAGAAACCCCUACUAAACUGUAAUCUGUUCCAUCAGACAGUAUGAAAAAUACCAUUUUUAUAUACUGAGAUCCAGCUGCAAAACAGUUCUACUUUUUCUGCAUUAUAUAAAAUUCUGGCAGGGGAGGAGGGACUAAAACAUUGAUUUUACAAAUUAUAACGACUUCACAGCUUACAGACAGCAUGCAGGAACUACAUAACCUACAAUGCAUUGCUCUGUGGUGUCCCUUUCCUUACUGACAUCACAGGCGCAGGGGAUUGUGGGAUUUUAAGGAUGCACGCUGAAGGCAGGCUGAGGACAGUCAACGACUGUUACAUUUUUUUUAAGUCUCAAUGUAGUCAGCCAGAUGAGCCGGAGAACAGGGGGCCAGGCUUAGGUAACUGUUUGAAACCAUAUUAUAAAUCAUGUAGAGGCUGCAUAUUUUUUAACUGAUGUAUAUUGCAAAGUUGCUUGAAAUCAUGUUUGCUUUUCAAAAAGCUUAAGUUGCGUUUGGGUGGAGUUCCCCUUUAAAUAGCAGCUAAUAUGCUGUCCGUUUCAUGCAUUGUCUGUAGAAGCCAGAUCAGUAACCGUAGUGGUUAUAAAUACAUGGUGCUACAGCUGUUGUCAUCUAAAGAGAAUUUUCAGUGUUUCCAGUAUGGCAGCUUUCAUUUACACUAAAAAGGAAAACAUAAUGAAAAGGGAAUGAAUGUUGGGUUUACAUUAUAUGUUAUAUGUGGGAGGCUUGCAGAAUUUAUUGUAUAAAUGAGACAUUUUCUUUUUCCUUUCUUGGCAAAUUAAUAUAUACUUAAUAUAGUAUAAAGCUCACUAGCCAACUAGAAGCUGCUAUUUUCUUCUGCUCUGUUAGUGAUACACUGGCUCCAGUGAUGUUAGUUGCUUGUUCUAAUAAUAUCAGCAUCACAUCACAAAGGGUUAUAUCAUUAGCACCAAAAGAAUGGUAACACGUGGUUGUGCUACUAACUGAUCCCCUGUGCUCUCCUGGAAACCCGCACUAGCAGUAACGCUUAGUAACACUCUCCUGCAGAAGAACAUUGGGAAUAUGAUGUGAAUUGGCUGCAGGAGAGAUUUUAGUUACACAAUAUUGUCUUGGGAUUUCUGGAGAUUUCCAAGGUACAGUACACUUUCAUUUGAAGAGGAAUUUAAGUGUAAUUAUGGCACAGGCGUAGAAGUGGAAGCUAUAGUGAAAAACUAGAGGCUAUUGGAACCCUGCUGUAGAGUUGUUGUCAUCCCCUGAAACUAUGACCCAAAAGAUUCUGCAUUUUUCCUGUUAUGAAGUGAACAAUUUUAUUUUUGUAUUUACAUGAUUCCAUUGCGGUGCAACCCCUGCACUUCCUGCACUUCUUCUCCUAGGGUGCUGCAAUAAUGUUUUUCACCAAUGCAGUUAUAACAGCGCUGUCAUUGGUCAAGAAAUUGUUUUCAUGACAUUAUUGUUCAAAGACAAUCCAUCCCAAAUGAAUGGUCUGUGUAUAUAUUAACCUAUGCGUUUAAAUAUCAAACAUUUUAAAGAAAUUAUUCUAAAUUUAACUUGCAAAAAGGAUAUAUUUCCAAUUUAACUGGUGAAACUACAUCAAACCCGUGACCCCUCAGCUGUUAAGGACUACAUGUCCCAACAGCUGGAUGACCACAAAUUUAAAAUCCUCAAGAACCAUGAUCAAGAUCAGAAAUAAUGAACCUGAGGACUCUGAGAGCUGGGCAGCAAGGUGGCUCAGUGGGUAGCACUUCUGCAAUGCAGUGCUGGGGUCCUUAGCUUGAUUUCAGCUUGGGCACUAUCUGCAAGGAGUUUGAAUGUUCAGCCAGUGUCUGUGUUGGUCCAGUUGCCUUCCAAAACAUAAAGACUGUAUGAAUAGGUUAACUGACUCCUGAUAAAAUGGCCCACAGUGUGUGUGCAAAUGUGAUAGGGAUCUUGGAGUGUAAGGUCCACUAAGGCAGGGACUGCUUUGUAUAAUCAUUAAAAAAAAUCUGCAGCAAUAUGUAAUACAUAAAUCCCAGAGAGCCUUAUAUAAGCUUUUGCCACUAUAAAUACUUUUAAAACAAUGUUUGUUAUCACUACUCAGAGAAAUACUGUACCUUUCAGCUUCCAGUGAAUGUAGGGUUCCAUAAAGAACUUCUUGGCAUGUUUGACUGAAUGUGAUCUAUGUUCUCCAGUAAUAUCUCAUGGCUUUGACUGUUGCAACAUAAAAUAUACAUUUUUUCUAAC